AGAAAUCGUAAGCAAGAGACCACAAUGGUGUGGUUCCUUUCAUAUCAAGACCCAAAAGAGGAAAGUCUGUAUGAAGAUAAAAUAGAUGCAUGCUGUCUAGAGUUUGGAAGAAGGAGCCAGGAAGAUAGUGAAGUUCUAAAAUCGUGGUGACGGCGCAAGUGUAAGUGAACUAACUAACUGUACACACUGAAGGAGGGAUCAGUGAGCCUGUGUGUUAUAGCCCAGCAAACAGCUUCCAAGAGACAAGCUUGAGGAAUUGUGACCCAGCUUCUUAGUAUAAUAAGAUUUCUGUUCACAUACAGACAUUUUGUAUGGCGCCUCCUACCACUUUUAGGAGGAAUCCAUUGGACUCGGGAUCUUACCCGGUAAGUUUCCAAGUUUCCUAGGGAUUUAGAAAUUACCGACUAGAUACUUCCUUCCACAGCUGGGUCAUAGCUCAGGGACAGAGCAAGUGCCUAGCCAGUGCAAGGCCUUGGGUUCUGUGCCCAGCAACGCAAAAACAAAAAACAAAGAGGAGAGCACAGGGUGAGCAGGAGUCACUGAGUGCUGUUCCCCCAGAACGAAAUCGCAGCCCGACCCUGUUGCGCAUAUGAGGUCACUUUUAAACGUCUGUGCUAAUAAACAGGGAAGGUCCAAAAGAGGCCCCGGAAUUAUGGAAAAUUUCCGGCCUCUGAGGACAUCGGGCCCCACUGUUUGGGUCUGACCCUGGCUGGGCACCUUGGCUCCACUGGCUGGAGUGCCUGCCAUCCGUGCCAAAGUGGAGUCUGGAAUCCUCUGCGGACACUGUCGCCGUUCAUAAGGAUUCCGAGUGUGUGCUGCGGGGGUGGGAAUGGGGUGUCGAGUUCUGAUGAAGGAAAAAGGACUCCAGAGCCAGCGGCAAUGCCGCAGGACCUUCGGCCCAAGGCGAGUGGUCUGCAGUGGGCGGGGCCACCGCAGCCGCCCAAUCGGCGCCUCUCAAGGCAGGUGAGUGACAAGCCGGGUGGGCGUGCGUGAGGGCGCGUGAUUGUGCGCACUGCGCUCUCUCCCCGACCUCUGCGCAGCCGCCUUCACCCUGCGCAUACCGAUCCCGGCGUCCUCCGCGGACUCCCGGACGCCCAGUAAGCCAGAAAUGGGGUCACUGACCUUUGAGGAUGUGGCUGUGAACUUCACCCAGGAGGAGUGGACUCUGCUGGAUCCUGCUCAGAAGAAUCUCUACAGGGAUGUGAUGUUGGAAACGGUCAGAAACCUGACUGCUGUAGGAAUACAGUGGGAAGGUCAGCACAUUGAAGAUCAGCACAGAAAUCCUGGAACAAACCUCAGAAGUCUUGUGGCAGAGAGAUUUUCAGAAAGAAAAGAAUAUGGUUGUUAUGAAGGAAGCCAGAUUCCAGGUCUCAGUCUGAGCGGGGAAGCUGAAGGGCAAGGCUGUGAGUGCACUGUGUGUGGGAAAGUCUUGAUUGCUCAUGAGUCUCUUCACAGGCACGUGAGCAUUCACACUGAACACAAACCCUGUGAGUAUCAAGAAGAUGGCACUGAGACACAGGGAACCAAGCAACGUGAAGUCGAAAGGAUUCGAACUAGGGAGACACAGUACGCAUGUAAAAGAUGUGGAGCAUUGCUCACUUCUUCCGAAAGCUUUCAGACACAUGAGAACACACAGUGGACAUGGACCUUAUAGAUCUAAGGAGUGUGGAGAAGCCUUUACAUCUCCCAGUUCACUUCGGACACAGGAAGAAGUGCACACUCAAGAUAAAACCCGUCACCCUGGUCAGGAUGAAAGUACUUC